UAUCCCAUCUGGUCCGCUGCGGCAGUCAUUCACUCAGGUCAACCAGGACUCGAACUGCCCAAUUCCCAGCUUCUUCCCCCGUUUUCUGUGAUCUGGCAUCACGUCUCUGUCUGUCCGAACCCUUUGGACCGUGCCAUCUCUGUCGUACAUCAUCUUCAUUUAUCCGAUUCCCCCUUAUCGCCCCCUAAUAUCCCUUGACUUUGGUCACCUCGGUCUUCAGCCACUUGAUCCUUACUACCCAGUGGGUAGUUUGGCACCGCUGUACAUUAAUCUCAGCUCCAUUCCACCUGAAAUCCGGCCUUCAGCACCUUACCUUCCUCGACUUACAACAACCAUGUCUUACUCAGGGGGCUACCUCUCCGUCAACAACGAUGCAUCCGGCUCUGUUUCCCGCAGUCGCUCGCGUUCCCCUGGAGGCCGCCGAUCCAGAAGCGGCACCCCGUCUUCUACACGUCGUGAUGAAGAUGUCCGCCCUCCGCUCCCGGGGGGGAUGCUUCCAAACGUUCGAGUUUUCGAGCAAAGCCGAAGCGAUCCCGAAGACAUGCCCCAGCUAUCCAAGCUGUCGCGGACUUUUCGAUUUGUCGUUUUCGUCAUGCAUUUUGCCAUAUCGAUGCUUGAGUCGCCGGACGGCAGGGAGGCUUUGAUCGACACCGCUGGUGCCCUCUGCGAUGGCUGGACCAUGCGCGGGAGACGGAACCAUUUGUUCAGGGCCGAUGUGAGGCAGCAGCGUAACCUUCUGAUCGAGCAAGUCGAUGCCUUCCUCGACAGCAUCCGCGAGAACCCACCCAACAUGGUUGUCAGUUCGCGCCUCGUGGGCGAGGGGGUCGUUCAACGUCAAGAUUGGGCCCACGGGAGAGGGUUCAACGCAAAGUGGGCUGCCAUGUUUCGUUUAAACGGAAGGAUUAUCGACGACGCUAUCGAAGCCGCCGAGGAUGGCCUUCUUGAGGAGUUUCAGCGUUUCCUAUUGCUCAUGGGGAUAGCGACCGUCCAUGAACUGAUUCACGUCUUCGUUGCCCAGUUCGUUGGAAAUGGCCGGGACCUCACGCCCCCUCAGGUUAAUUUCCCUGGAAGAGGCACUGCAUCCGGCGAGUCAGGUCGAUUUUACGAAAGGCAGCUGAUAGGCUUCGUGGUCCAAUCUUACUAUGACAGGAAUCAUCCCUUGGGAGAGCGCCAACCCGGGGAUUUGGUCGCCUACGAUGGAAACCAAAGGUAUGAGGUGGAUAGGGAUUGGAUGCGAGACAUGUUGAACCUAAACUUCCGCUUCCACAUGGACCGCAGAUUGUCAUCAUGGACCCGCUCGACCCAUAGACAGAUGGACCGGGCAAUGCAAGACGUUAGAGGUCCCGGCAUCGGUGACGAUUUUCGGAGUAGCGAUCUCACUGGCAUUCUUGAGAGGAUGAACAACAAGCCCGUCGACCAUAUCGAGGGGGAAGAGCUUCACGGAAUAAUGAAGAUGGCCCGAGAUCCUCGAUACAUUAAAGCGCGCGGUCAAUCCUGAUUCCUGAAUAUUCUGUUGCGGACUUCACAGAUGUACUGUGUUAGUAUAUAGAAAUGUUUCAGUUUGGCUUGCUUGGAGCGCUGGUUUCCAAAUAUUCUUCAUACCGAAUCCAGUUCCUACGAAGUCGGUUCUUCUGUGAGAAGUCAAGGCCGGAAAGGAAGCCUGGGAAUGUGAAGAAAUGAGUUGUUUUGAGCUCGCUCCGCUCGCUUGUCGAGAUUCAGGGUCCUGUCGCUAAACGCAUACAGUGGGUGCCACAAAAAAACGCCCAACUGUCGAUUUUACCACAAAACUCACCAACAUCACUAAUACAAC